AUGUCUUCUAGAGGGCGACUUUCGCGUGAGGAUAAAGGGAAGGCCAUUGCUACUACCCCGGGUCCAACUGAGGAUAGGACGGCGAACGGUAGCCCGUUGGACGAGUUUGACUUAGUUCAUCGCGAUGCAAUGCGAGAUACAGAGAAUAUGAGCCUGUCGCAGCGAAUUUUGGUCGCCGAAGCUCACAGACAGAUUCGCGAGGAAACUGCCUGUCGGGUUGAAGAGCGUGAAGACGAGGAGGGCGCCCAGCGAGGUUCGGCGAGUAGUGGUUCCGAAACGCCGAGCCAAGUUCCGAGACCGCCUACGACGGUUCGUCGAAGGGUUUCCUUUGAUCAGAUAGAUUGUCGGCCUACGAUCUAUCAUCCUGGUGGGAUUUUCGAUGAACUUCCUCCGCUACCGUCUGAAGCGCUGCAGGACCCGCGAGCUGAAGGACCGUUGUGGAAGAAUGUUUUUGGUACUUGCUCCUCUCACAAGACGGUGAAGGACUUGUUAAGGCAGAAUGGAGGCGCGGCCGUCACGUACAUCAUCCCUUCCACGGAGCAGCGGCCUUGGUCACCUCCACUCGGUUAUCAAUGCGUGUAUGAAUCCUACUUCGGGGAUCACACGAAACUCUGGUUUCCAAUCCCGCGGUUAGUGACGUCGUACGCGCUUUGUCGAGAUAUUGCGAUCCCUCAGCUGCUGAAUGGGUCGUUGCGCAUAGCUGUCAUGCUGAUGGUUUUGGCGGCGAAGAUAGAUAUCUCGAUGAGUGUGAGAGUGUUCGAGGAGCUGACCUUCACGAAGGCUGAGCCAAACGGGAUUUUCUCAGUAAAGAUGCGCUCGAACUACAAUGUCUUGACUGGUCAUCCAAACAAGACGAAAGACUGGCAGCCUCGCCACCCGACGACUAUCGCGUACCCGGAGAAAUUAUUUGAGAGUGCCCAGGCGAUUGCAGUACAUAGCCAUCUUCGUUGGCCGGAUAUCAGCCGAGAGUGGAUACGUCGUCAACAAGCUAGAAUUGCAAGAGUUGAUUGGGAGUCGAGGCUUCCCUGUGUUCAUGGUCCGCGUACAUCGCGUCUUUCCCUGUUUACUCGGAAACAACAGAAGCUCCUGAACAAAGCCAGAGAGAUGGUUGGAGUCCUGGACUUGAGCGCCCUACUGAAGAGGAAACUGCAGUUGCUUUCAAAGAAGCCAUCCAGCGCUAGUGCUCCGGAAACGGUCGAGCCUAUCCCGACCGAUGAGGACGUAAAUGUGGAGCCUUCCGUUCCUCAUCCAAAAAAGAAGACUACUAAGAAAACAAAGGUGAAGAAAACUUCCGCUGAAGAAAAUCAAUCUGCCCCACAUGAUGAGAACGCUUCUUUCGAAGGGAACCCGUCUUCCGCCGAGGCAUCUAAAGAUUCGAGGAAGAAGAAGAAGAAAAAGAAGGGAGGAAAGAAGAGAUCUCGGGAGGAGUUCGCUGGGAGCGAGAAGGUAAUGUUGAGGGCUCUUCCGAGGCUUGUUCAAAUGAGAAGGUACCUGAAAGACGGCCUAAAAAGAAGGCGAGGAGCAGAUCUGUCCAGGAGGGGGCACAGACGUCUGUCGAUGGGGCCCUUUUCUAGCGAUGAUGCAAGGGGAGGGAGCCCUUCCUCCAAAUCUCCUUCCGAGAAGGGAAAGGGGGCCUCGGCAUCUGGAAGUGAACCCCGGGGUGAGUCGGUCGCGAGUGACAAGGCUAACUCUGCUGCUAGUGAUAAGAAAACUCCCGUCUCGGUAGCGAGAGGACGAUCUCAGUCCAGAGGUUCGCUCGCGAAGAGGGCGAGGGUUGAAUUCCCAGAUCGCGUGCAGUUCUCGUACGACAAGAAGACUCCCCUGGUCUUUAACCCCCUCCAAUGCGCAGAGCUGACGCGCCAAAUUCGUGGCGGGACGAGGGAGCUCCCGCCGAUAGGGGAUCUUUACUUCAAGGACGAAUACAUUGACGCUGCUUUUACUAGGACGCGGAGUGACGGGAGUAUGAACUACCUCGUCGAGAAAUACGACAGCGCCUUGAAGCAGACGAUGAUCCAGUUGGGGGAUUCUGAGAAACUUGCCCGGGCCAGGUUAGGCGCGAUAGAGAGGAUGAGGGCUGAAAAUAAGAAAGACAGCGAUAAGGUUGCUGAAGAGAAGGAGGGAGGCUGUCGUGGCGACGUUGAUCAAGGAGAGGCAACGCCUAAGAGACUCGCGAAUCCAAGAGGUUACUCGCAAAAGGAUGGUGGUCCAGACCUCAUGACUGAUAAGGCGAAUCGUUGCUUUGGCCGCAUCCGCGAUUACCUUGCUCGUCUUGAUGCCUUCGAGAUGGCGAAGAGCUUAUAUGGGCAAGCCUCAGGGACGAGAAAAUGCCUCGAAGUGAUAAGGGACAGAGGGACUGCGAUUCCGCAAGAGAUGAUAGACGUCUUUAUUGAGCAGGAAAAGCUUCACGAGGCUGAGGUUGCUAAGCUCCGCGUCGACCCGCUGCCUGAAAGCGACCUCACCCUCUCCCCGCAACUCCCUCCUUCGAGGUUUGUGAACGAAGACUUUAUGGCUACGCUUGACCCAUAUGGGUCAAACGUAGGCUUGAUUGGGUCGGAGGCAGCUUCACAGCUAUUUACCUCGCGCGACACCUUUGAAGGCAGAUAUGAGAACCAGUCUGAGGAGCCGUCAGUUGAUAUUACAUCGACUCCCGCGGAGCAGGUUGAGGCUGCAAAGAAGACGGGUUCGGAGGGGGAUAGCAUUUUAGCUCAAGGAAAGGGGGUCGAGUGA